CAGCCAUAGCAAGAAUCAUUGGCAAAAAUGUCCAGAAGUCCAACAGAUUUGAUCCUACUGUCAAGAUGUGGGUAUUUGAAGAGAUGAUCAACGGAAGAAAACUCACAGAAAUAAUCAACCAGGAACAUGAAAACGUUAAAUAUCUGCCUGGAUACAAAAUACCCAAAAAUGUGGUGGCCGUACCGGACGUGGCGGAAGCAGCCAAUGGGGCAGAUAUUUUGGUGUUUGUUCUGCCACACCAAUUCAUCGGCCGAGUCUGCGAGCAGAUUGCAGGCCAGAUAAAACCCGGGACAUUUGGGAUUUCCCUGAUCAAGGGGAUUGAUGAAGGUCCUGAAGGCCUGAAGCUCAUAUCUGACCUUAUUCGAGAGAAACUGAAAAUAGAAAUCAGCGUGCUCAUGGGGGCCAACAUCGCCAAGGAGGUGGCUGAUGAGAAGUUCUGUGAAACCACCAUUGGCUGCAAAAACCAAAAACAAGGGGAAAUCUUUAAAGAAUUAAUGCAGACCCCCAAUUUCAGGAUUACCGUGGUGCUUGACUCUGAUACAGUGGAGAUUUGUGGAGCCUUAAAAAACAUCGUAGCGGUGGGAGCCGGGUUCUGCGAUGGGCUGGAUUGCGGCGAUAAUACGAAGGCAGCAAUUAUACGUUUGGGCCUUAUGGAAAUGGUGGCCUUUGCCAAGAUGUUCUGCAGGGGACCGGUGUCAAUAGCCACUUUCCUGGAGAGCUGCGGCGUGGCUGACCUCAUCACCACCUGCUACGGGGGACGCAACAGAAAAGUAGCAGAAGCCUUUGCUCGCACAGGAAAAUCCAUUGAGGAACUGGAAAAUGAGAUGCUGAACGGACAAAAGCUGCAAGGUCCUCAGACCUCAGCCGAAGUCUACAAGAUUCUGAAACAGAAAAAUAUGCUCGAUAAGUUUCCAUUAUUUACAACCAUCUACAAGAUCUGCUAUGAGGGUCAGUCGAUCCAGGAGUUCAUCACCUGCCUGCAGAACCACCCGGAGCACAUGUAGAGAUGUCCUCUCCUCACCUGGUCACCUUCUCACCUCCUCCUCUUUCCAGGACGUCUGUCCACUCCACAGCAAAUAAAGCAGAGCACGGGGCUGCGUGACAACGCUUGCUGUAAAAGCAACACAGAAUGUAUCUCAGUCUCCUGGUUCUGGGGGUAAAAAAUCUGCCUUUAAUUUCAACAUUAUACCCAAGGAACAGGAAACGAAUGUACAAUUUAAGAGUGUUUGAAUGUGGGCAUUUGCCUAGAACUGCUUUCUUGUUGAUUGAAAACAGUUCCCCUCGUAAUUUCCAUAACAAGAGCUCAAUCCUGCUCAGGUGAACCUCAGCAUUUUGCCUACUAAUCCUACUUACAGAACAGCACAAGGUGCAGAAAAAAAAAUUAAGAACUCAUCCAAACAGAAAAAUUCUAGUAAAAAAAAAAAAAAAAAACAAAAUCCUAAGUUGAUGGCCAGAAGAUGCAAUCGCAUGGGCCAAUGUUGGGUUUCCAUCAUUCCCCUCAAACACAAAUAACAUUUUGUAUUUUGUGACAUUUAGCCCUUCCUUGAUUUCAUGUCCCAGCGUAAGCCUUUUUGGAAAAAUAGGUGUCCUUACUGUGCUCAGACACACAUGAAUGGUCAGCAGAUGUAUAACUAAAACAGUUUAAGGGGUGGGGAAGGAGAAAGAAGGGGUUUUGAGGGUUUUUUUUGUUUGAAAUUCAGGACACUAGGAAUCCCCAGUGGUUGUCUGACCUUCAUGAUGAUCUUGGAGGUCCCUUCCAACCACUAAGAUUCUGUGAUUCUGUGAUUCAUUACGCCUACUGCAUUCCGUUGAAAUACAGAAAAAGAAAAAUAUGGAAUAACCAAAUACAUUUAUGUUAGUGUCAGGAUUUCUCAGCAAGUCAUUAAUUGGGAGUAGAUGAGAGGGGAGAGCUGGAGGCCGGCAAGGAGGAAGCACGCACAGCUCCAGCUUGUGCAACGCUGUUGUUUUGAGGAUGUAACAAGUAACAGUGAAAAACCCUCUGCGAUACUUGAUUUUUUUAAUAUAUUUUUUUUCCAUACGUGCAUGGAAAUGACCGCUGUAAACGCACAGAAAUCCUGUAAAAUUGCAUUUAAAACCGGGCUGUAUUUUAAGUCCACUGGGAAACUCCACCAGACUGACAUCCACAUCACUCCAGGCUGUGGACCGAUGCCCUGAUCCACCUGACACUCCAGAAGAGCGAGGUCUCGAUCUACUUCUGAAUCUUAAACACAAACUGGUUCAUAAACCAGUUUGGUUUUUUUUUUUGUUUUUUUUUUUUUUUUUGCUACCAAUGGCGUUAUUUUUAGAAACAUAAAAGUUUUUAAACCUUGUAGCUGGACUCGGGUAACUUUACAUACCUGAUGUUUUUCAGAGAUAAAGCCAUCUAUGAAAUGAACAGUGGCACAUUUUAUAAGCUUUAAUACCCUUUUGAAAGACUCCUAUUUUGAGAGAAGGCAAAGGAAAAGGAAGAGUAACCUACUUUUCCUUUGCUUUAUCUGAUUUUCCAAAAUAGCAGAGAGGGAGGCAAGCAGGUUUUUUUAAUCUAUGUAUUUGCUGACAUAUUGCUUAGGGAU